ACCCGGUGGAAGUCAGUCGUACCUCGACCAGCAUCACCAGCACAGCGACGUCCGAGGAGACACGUUCACCUGGUCACAUAGAUCGAGUCACAAGUCCUCUUUUGUGUUUGUUAUCAUUUUUUUUUCCAAUCCGUCUCGUUGGAAAGAUUCAUCAUGCAGACUGCCGUGGUUUUGCUCUCCUGCCUCGCCUACGUCAGCGCCAUCCCCGUGCUGUUCCUCUCCUAUUCAGGGGGUUCGUCUCCGCUGAGUAGUUUCAUGGAGUGUCCCUUCCCUGUCCCUUAUGUGGAUAAAGCUACCUCGAAGAUCACAUACAAGUGUCCCCGCGGCGUCGAGAUCAUCGAGGCUGUCAGCUCCCGCAGAGGAAGCGAAGCCGUGGAAGUCGUCGAGAUUGACGACCUGGAAUCCUCUGCCCUGAACGACGGCGCUCAGGUGGUCGUGGUGAAGCCCCUGAAACCCACGGAGCUCGAAAACCCCGCACAAGGAACGUACACGAACCCGGACGACUGCAAGGACAAUGAAGUGUACAAUCCCGAAAUCGACGCGUGCCUGCCCUACAUCCCCGCCGAAUCCACCGACUCCGACGCCGAGAAGCCCGACAAGCCCAACAAGCCCAACAGGCCCAACAGGCCCAACAGGCCCAACAAGCCCAAGAAGCCCACCAAGCCCCUGGAGAAGGAGGAUCAGCCCAUCGUCAUCGCCGUCGGCAAGGAGAAGCGACCGAGGUGCAAGGAGGGCGAGAUCUACCUGUCCGAGCUCGACAUCUGCGUCUGCUACCCCGAGGAGAACUGCGAGGACUAAACGCCCUCGCCAGAGAUUCCAGAUGGCUGUUUGGAGAGCUGGUGAACGUAUUUUAUAUGAUCUGUAUAUGAGAAUCUAACAGAGUAUAUCAGUCAUGUAAAUACAGCUAACUUAAUUUAAUUAUUUACAUUUGCCAGUGUCUUUUCUAGGCGUCUGGCAUUUCCGUAGCUUUAAGUAGUUUAUACCAAGCUUGUGAAAAUUUGUUUUGGUAAUUCAAGAAAAGAUUUUUUAUAUGCACUUUAUAUUCGCAAAGUAGACAUCAUAUGACUUAUAUAUAAAUAUAUAUUUGAUAGUACAAAACUUGUCUUCCUUUUUCUUUGGUCAUGCAGAUAAUUUUUCCAGAAUAAAUGAUUUGCA